AUGGCCAAUUUGGUCAAUUUGGUCAAUUUGGUCAUUUUGGUCAAUUUGGUCAAUUUGGUCAACUUGGUCAAUUUGGUCAAUUUGGUCAAUUUGGUCAAUUUGGGCAAUCACCCCAAUGUCAAAUUUCAUUACAUUUCAUUUGUUAUUCCUCUUACUUGA